UUAUGCAAAAACGUAAAUCGGCGGGAUUUUGGCAGCAUUGUUUCCGUCUUGUUAAUUUGUUAAUUCAGUUCAGUCUGUUGAGCAAUAUAAAAAGUGUCGCGUUAUAUUUUUUAUAAAAGUUGUGUUUAAAAGUGUAAAAAAGCGUGUAAAUAUGUUGCAGAGGACUGCUCUAAUUUUAAACCGUGCUCGAGAAAUAACAAACGAGGAGAAGGUAAGUUAUUUUGUAUUGUAAAAAUUACCAGACAUUAUUUUUGAGGUGUAAAUUAAAAACUUAAAUUUUUACAGUAGUUUUGUUUAUCUUUAUUUACUUUAUUUAUAGGAAGAAGGUAUUCGGCAAGAAACAAGUUCGCUUCAGACUUAUACCAACUUAGAACCGUUACAGGAAGUUGAUUUUAACUCAGCAACAGAUAUUAGUGAGCUAUGUUAUUAUAAGUUUUAAUGUUUAACUAAGUUUUGUUAAUUUUUACUUAUUGUUAUUUAUAGAAAGAAAGUACUCAUACAGCAGCUGUUUCCCCAAAGACUUACAGCGAUUUACAAACGGUUCGGGAAGUGGAAUUUAAUCUAAAAUUACCAGACAUAAUUUAUGAGGAAGGAAGUAAUUCGGAUGGAUAUUCAAACAAGGAAAAUGAAAUAGGUGACGUAAGAGUAAUGGAUGAUAAUCAAAAUCAAGAAGAAGACCGACAGUCGGGUCGGAAAGAAUAUCGUCAAGAUUUAAAUUUUGUCAACAGAGAUAUUAAUGAAGAUAACAAUAUAGUAGAGAUGGAGCAAUCCGAUAAAGGAGAAAAUGAUGGGGAACAGAAUGGCGUAAAAUCUAAAGAAAAAAAAUAUCAGGGCCGUCCAAAAAAAGGGAGAAAGAGAAAGUUCCCUAGUCAGAAUAGAGAAAUCCGCAAAAAACACUGCAUUCAAAAUAAAUCAUACUUUACACAAAAAGGAGAAAUGAAACUAAAAAAAGAGUUUCGUCAGUAUUUGUGCAAAUGCGACUGUCUAUCGAAAGUUGGCAUUGAAAAUGCUAAACAAGAAUACGACAAAUUUUAUGAAGUAAGUUCGCAUGAUGCUCAACGUGCCUUAAUUUGCGCCAUGGUUCAAGAAGGUCAAAUAAAAAGAAAAAGAAAACAAAAUUCUACUAAAAAAAUGCACUCCAGGGUGUACAAUAUUAAUGGCCACGUAGUUUGCAAAACAUUUCUGUUGCAAACCCUAAGAAUUUCGAGUGCAAAAGUGGAUAAUGCCUUAAAAUAAAAAAAAAAGGAUAGAAGGAGUUAAAGACUUAAGAGGAAGAGCAGGCGGAAAAAAUAAAAUAUCAGAAGAACGAUUGCAAGAAAUAUUAGAACAUAUUGAACAAUUUCCAAAAUAUAAGUCUCAUUAUGCAAGGGAAAAAACAAGUUCAAUGUACUUACGAGCAGACACUACAUUGCCCAUUAUGUACGAUUUGUACAAGCACCAAGUUAAUAAUUCACCUGUGUCGUUUUCGAAGUACAAAAACGUUUUUUUAACUCAUUUUAAUUUCAGAAGAAAACCACUGAAAAAAGACACUUGUAACCUUUGUGACAAAUUAGAAAUUCUAAUAAACAACAGCGCCACAGAAGAACAAGUUAAAUAUAAAACUGAGAGAGAUAACCACAUCGAUUCCGCUGAAGAAGCAAGACAAGCUUUAAAUGCAGACAGAAAGCGUGCAAAAUUUGACGAACAACUUGAAGUAUUGUGUUUUGAUAUGGAAAAAACACUGCCUCUUCCCCGUAUACCUACAAAUGUAGUUUUUUACAAACGCCAACUUUGGCUUUAUAAUCUAGGUAUACAUACAGCUAAACAUAAUAAAGGCCAUUGUUAUGUGUGGUUAGAAGGCGAAGCCGGCAGAGGGGCCCAAGAAGUUGGCUCUUGUUUAUUUAGACAUGUGUUGAAAGCUAGAGAUAUGGAGGCAUGUAAACAUUUAAUUUUGUGGUCGGACAGCUGUGGAGGGCAGAACCGAAACAUUAAAAUAGUUUUGAUGUUAAAUGCCAUUUUUGAUGUGCAUCCUUUACUGGAAAGAAUCACUUUACGUUUCCUUACAUCUGGCCAUAGUUUUUUGCCAAAUGAUACAGAUUUUGGUGACAUUGAAUGCGCCUUAAAAUUCCAACAAAGAAUGUAUUCACCGGUAGACUACAUGAAUGUAAUGAGUUCGUGCCGAAAAAAAAAAUCCUCUAAUCGUUCACAAAAUGAAGAAGGAACACUUUUUCGGUACUUGUAAUUUGGAAAAAAAAAUCGUCAAUAGAAAAGUGGAUAUCUUUAAUAAUAAAAUUAAUUGGCUUAAAUUCAAAGAGAUUGAACUCAGAAAAGAAUGCCGCGAAAAACUUUUUGUUAAAUAUUCUUUCCACGAAGAAGCUCAUGAGAUAAGUCUACAAAAGAAACGAGGAAGACCAUCAUCAGAACUUUAUCAAAAUUUUAAAGAAUCACUUGUGCUGCUAUGGCCAGAUGGGAAGCCAAUACCAGAUAAAAAACUUGAGGAUCUAAAAUUUUUGCUUAGCCUUAUUCCAAAAGAUGCCAAAGAGUUUUACAAAAAAUUGACUGGUGAUCCAAAUAUGGAAGAUGAUAUAGAUGGGUUAAAUGGACCUCUUGAUUUUGAUCUUGAAGAUGAUGAACUUUAGUAAGGUCUUAUACCAAUUUUGUUUUUAUAUCAGACUACAGUUUUAUAAGAUAGUAACUAUCUUAUGAUACAACACUGUUGUUAUGAUUAGUUUUACAAUGUAGUUUUGUCAUAAAACAAUAAAAAUAUUCUAUAAACCACAUGUUUUAAUUCGCAUAAACCUCCCAAGCGACAGUUUUGUUUAGUAAACGACUUAUGCAAAUUAUUAAAAUGUUAAUAACGAAAAAAGCAAUACGCGACCAAACGCCAUUUUUGUCUAUAUCAGCUAAAAUAUAAUUUUAAAACUUUAAAUAAUAAUACAACAAAAUUCAUUUUACCGUUUUUAAAAAUAUAUCUAAAAAUCAAAUUUUUAAAAUGUUAAAUAGAUUUUUCAGAACGCCAUAAACUUAAAUUCAUUUUUCUCAAAAAGGUAAAAGUGGCGCUUGGUCGAGUUAUGCAUAACGCGGUCCAAAUAUAAAUAUGGAUUAACUUAACAUUAUAUUUUUUAUACUGCAAAAUAUUU